UGCCAUGUCUAACGCCACCACCCCCACUGCAAAGCAACAAGAAUUGAAGCAUAUCGCUUCGAUUGUUCGUGCUUUGAUCACAUCGACUAAGCCACCGUGUUAUCUAAAAGAUAUUUUACGCGAAUAUAAUGAAGUAGAGAGCAAACAGCUGCCAUACAAAAGUCUUGGCUAUAAAACAGCCCAAGAGCUUUUAGAAGAUACUGGAGAAUUUUUGUUCAAUGGCAAUCGAGGCAGCGGAGACACGAUAAUCACAGCCAAAUUCAAUUCGAAAACUGCUCACAUUGCUUCUAUGGUCAGAGCUCAAAAGCCAAGCAAAUCGACACGCAUUGCACCGGUAAAGGCUAUGAAACAACCCCCACGAAUGCCUGCUCAUAGAUCGAACGGAUUUACAGCUGCUGGCGGUGAUCGCAACAAUAACAGCAACAACAAUUACAACAAUCGAAACAGCAGCAGUAGCAAUCAAUCGCAUCAGCAAUUGCAGAGGCAAAAAUCACAGGGUGCCAGUAAUAACAGUAACAGCAACAACAGCAGUCAGCCAAUGGAUUUACGUGACAUGCUGAAUUCCAAGAAAAAUAUACGGAUUCAAACACAACAGUCAUCUAGCAACGAACAAAACAAAUCGCAACAAAAGAAUUCACAAAAUGAUAAGCAAUCGCCACAAGGUGCAACUGGUGGUCCCAGACCCAUUUUGGGUGCCUCAAAGCCAUCGGGUCAAACGGAAAAUAAAAAGAAUUUGUCCUCUUCCUCCUCUUCGUCGUCGUCCACAAAUAAUCCGGCACAGUCUCAAAAACCAACUGGCGGCAAACCACAGACCACCGCCCCUGGGCAACAGGUCGGUCAAAAACCACAACAGCGACUAAAUGUUGUUAAUCAAAAUAUUCAGCAACAGCAACCUCAAGUCCAAGCUGCGGCACCAAAGCCACAAAAACCUCCAACACAGCAGCCAAACACACCAAUUUACAUGCCAACGAAUAAUUUGGCUGCCAGGCUACAGCAGCAACAACAACAGCAAGCUUUAAUCCAUCAACAACAUCAGCAGCAGCAACAGUUUAAAGCACACGCACCAGUUCCACAAGUUCUUAAUCAAGGAGAUGCUGCAAUGGCCAAACCAGCUGCAAUGGGUGGUGGAUUGCAACAUCGUCUAAAAGUGUUCAAUCCACAAGCCACGUCAUUUUCAAAUCAGCACAAACAACCUCCAUUUGCAACUCAAAAGGUUGAUGCAAUCACUGCUCUGGUACAAUUUUGCCGUUCGAAGAAUCUUCCCGCUCCACGUUUCAAUUGCAUAAAAGGGAAGUUUUCACGUGGUACAUUUACAUGUCGUGUGGAGGUUAAGGACACCAUAUACUCCACAUAUCCGCACGAAUAUGAGACUGAAUAUUUGGCCAAGGAGGCCUGUGCAAUACGGGCCUUGGAAAAAUUGAAAAUGCAAGAGAAGAAACGGCCCAUGCCACCGUGCACGUUUUCCAGUACAGAAUUGUUGGACAAGCUCUAUACGGAGUUGUUGAAUCAUCCGCAUGGUAUAUUUGCCAAAAACUUACCCGAAUGGUUUGAAACUACUUUCCAACAAUCAUUGCCUGAAGAUUGGUGGAUGUUGAUACAGACAUCAAGUCUAUUCACCACCGAGACUGGACUAAGCAAAGUGAUUAUAUUUGCCAACAAAGAUGCCGAUAAAGAUAAAACUAAAGUCAUUCAAAUCGAUCCCAUAUGUCUUCCAUGGUCCGAUGAAUAUUGGUCUAUUUUUAUAACACACUGCAACUCCACUGUGGAGGUAUGGGGUCGUCUGUUUGGCCCAGAUUACAGCGGACGUUACAGUGCUCUCAUGAAUGACAUUGAAGUUUAUAUGGCCAAUAAAAAGGAGAGACCCGUAUCCAUUACCCGCAAAAAUAUUUACUUAGUCAGCAUUAAUGAUUCCUGGCAUCGUAUACGCGUCGAGGAACUUGACAAAUCCAAGGCCAGUUGUCUGUGUUUCUUUAUUGACUUUGGCGAUGCCGAUUGGCUGCCUGUGGAUCAAUUGUUUAUUUGUGAAACCCACUUCUUGAAACUACCGGCGCAAGCUGUACCAUUUUCUUUGUAUGGCCUAGAAGAUUUUGAAGGUAACCCGGCUGGCCGCAAAUGUUUGGAUGACUUGUUGCCCACAAAGUCUGUAGUGGGCAAAGUCUUUACAAAAGAAUCCGAAUUCUAUGACACCAACUCUAAGUGCAAUGGUAAAAUACAAGUUGUACUCUUCGAUACAUCGACCCAAGAAGACAUAAAUCUCAACCAUCAGCUAUCCAAUAUGAUUUGCAAGGAGACUUUGCCACCAGAGAUCAAACAGAAUACUGUAACAAAUACAUUUGUUUCGCACGUCAGUGACACUGGUGACAUAUUUGUGCAAGUUAAGAGUCCAGAGUUGAAAUAUGUUCAAACGCUUUUGCAACAAAUCAUUGAAACUCGUUUCAAUCGUGACCAACAUAAAGUCACCUUCGACGAUUUGAAACGUUCCAAUAUGUUUUUGAUUUGUGACGAUGAUGAUGCCAAUGAUGUUAAAUGGUAUCGUGGCUCCGUGGUAGAUGUGAAAAAUAUUAAGGCCGAUAGCAGCAAUUAUCUAAUGUAUUAUGUGGAUCAAGGUAUAACAAAGUCCGUGGAUAUGUCAAAGAUUUUCCUAUUGGAGAGUUUAAGUUUGGCUUUGAGUAAAUUCCCCGAACAGGCUGUAAAGGUGCGUUUGCAUAAUAUACCAGAAAUAUCGAAAAAUAUCGUUGGACGUAUACGUGGUCUUUUGCCAAAAGAUUGUGAAGUAUUGACAAAAAUGGUUAUUCCUGGGCCAGUGCCUCAGGUGACAAUACAUACACGUUUAGAGGGUCCUGGUGUUUUGGUUACUAUCAAUGAUGUUUUACGCAAUGAACAUGAAUUAAUGGGUGCUGAUUUGUUGCCUGGCUCAAAUUCUGCUGGCUCUGAGGAUGAUGGUUCUGUUACUAAAUUCAAUUUAGACUUUUCCAAAAGUAACCAAGACAACUCUAGUUCAACUAGCUUGGCCUCGCCAACCACACCCACAAGUAAUUCAUUUAUUGAUAUUACCCGUGGUCUUACAUUAACCACUGUGCCUGGAUCCCCACAAAAAGUUAGCGAUUUGCCCAAACUCAACGACUACACCAAUAUUCCGGCCAUUGGUGAAUUGUUUGAUGUGCGUGUAACAAUGUCAGCUAAUCCAUCAAAUUUUAUCAUUCAACCCUACAAAGACUAUCCAAAUUUGAGAACUUUAAUGAAGGAAUUACAAACAUUUUGUGAGAACAGUGAUGAAUUUAUACCGACUGAUAUGGUUGAAAUUGGCCAAGCCUAUGCAGCCAAAAAUGCUGAUUCAUUCUUUCAUAGAGUAACGGCUGUUAAAAAAUAUGGCGAUAUGAUACAUGUACGUUUUUGUGACUUUGGCGAUUCAGCUACUGUAGAUUCAAGUCAAUUGAAAAUAUUACCCUUGAAGUUUCGUCAAUUACCCAAAAUGGCUAUACAAGCCAAGCUUUAUGGUAUUAAAGCUGUUAAUGGUGACUGGACCCUGGACGAUUGUCUGUUCUUCCGUAAACUGACAGUGGGACAGACAUUUGUAUCGGUCAUAAAGAAUAUUAAAUACGACAAUGAUACAAUACCGGCCACACAAAUAUUGGAACUGGAACUAAUUGAUGUUUCCACCGACGAAGAUGUUCUGGUACAUGAACUUUUAUUAAACGAAAAACGAGCAAUUAAAGAAAAUUAA